AUGCCUACCUAUAUGAUUAAGCUCAAGCCCACCGCGACAGACGACGACAUCAAGGCUGUCAAGGACAAAGCCGUAUCCAACGGAGGCACCAUAACCCACGAGUACAAGUUGAUCAAGGGAUUUGCGGUGGAAAUGCCCGAACAAGUCACUUCGAUGUCGUUUGUCGAGGAGCAUCCCCAUGUUGAGCAUGUUGAGCUGGAUCAGACCAUCAAAAUAUAG